ACCAUUCAUUCAUCUCUGCGCUCUCCAGCUGCUGUCAUGGCAACCAUGUAUGACUGGCAGAAAACAGACGGCUGCCUCUGAGCUCCAGUUAACCAGUACAGUUUUAGAGCAUAAACACACUCCCGGGCAGAUGAAGAGCUGGGAUAUCGAGACACCGGGGCAGCCACAGACUGUGAGGACAACUAUGCAGCAUCUGGCAUAUCAACCCCUGCUUCCCGCUGGAAACAAGUAUCUUCAGCAGAAAUGGGACAAGGCUUCAUAUGAUUUACACAGGAGGAAGGUAAAGUCAGCUAAACCUACAAUAAACAUGACCCCACCAAAGACGUAUGGUCACCUGGCUUUGAAGCUGAAGAAACAAAAGCUCGAAGAGGAGUGGACAAUGAAAAUUCAGAGGGAAAACAAUAUGCUUAUGGAGAAAAUAUCGCACAUCAUGAGGACAACUGGAGGAGUUGACAACAGGAAUGACUAUGAGAGGAAAAGCCUUAGCAAGGAGAAGCGACAGCUGGAGUUGCUCCGUAUUACCAAGGAGAAUCAAAUGAUCCUGUUGCGCCUGAGCCAGUGCAGGUCUCACUAUAAUGUGAGGAGCUGGCAUGAGGAUUGGCUCAACACUCUUAAGGUGAUGGAUAGCAUUGCACGUUACCCAAGAGGAAGAUCAACACAGCAAAAGGGACAAGAGAAACCCAGCAAACAGAACAGUGGCUGUGAUAAAGAACAGCAGAUAAGCACAGACGCAGCCACACACAGCCCUGCAAACAACGAUACAAAUGGCAAAGCAGAACCUGAGGAAAAUGAAAAGAAGAAAGAAACCAGCGAGAAACGAGAUACAGGAGCAGAGAUACAGCUUGACACAGAGACACACCCCAUCCCUAGACCAGAUGUACCUGAGAAAACCAUCUCACCAGACACACCUGAAAAUCCUGGUUCGUCUGACGCAGAUCAAAUUACAACAGAUAAACACCCUCACUCUGUUGAACAGUCUGUCUCUUCUGAUGGAUCUGAAAUGUCCAGCACUCUUCACACACCUAAAACACACAAACAGGAAACCGCAAGCACAGAGGAGGGAUAAAAUGCCUUGUACAGUAAAGAGACUUCACCAUAAGCAAUUUGGAUAAAGAUAGUGUUAACUCCAGAACUGGACCCACAUAUUGUAUGGCAAUCAUAUGAUUUUUAAUAUUGGUUUAGUUUAAAAUCUAACAGUAGUAAUUUGUAACAGGCUGUGGAUGAUGUAAUAUCAAAGUCCUUCUCCCUUAUAAUGUCUCUGGUGCUAUUCACCAACAGAAUGCCAAAUAACCUCCUGUAAUGUGUUGCCUUAGUAACAACAAAUAAAAAAAUAAA